ACAACAACAACAGAGGAGAGGAGGCUCAUGUUUACCUUGGAGCAGAAUUUUGAUCCUUCAUUCAAUGACUCAACCAGUGAAGUCUACCAAGACUUUAUGAACACUAUUACCACUCAAGGUGAGAAACACAUCCCCGGUUUUAAAGCAGCACGGAUAAUUGAGAUCCGGGAAGGAAGCACCAUCUGUGACUAUGCUAUAACAGCAACGUCUUUUCAGGAACCGGAAAUUGAAAACCUAAAAGCAGGGAUAUUUUCACAGCUGGCCCGAACAUACCCAAUUCGAUUUGACAGCCAAAAUGUUUUAAAGUUUGACCCAGAUCCAGUAGUUCCUGGGAAUAGAACAAAUGUGACAUGUGGGCCGCCACCAGAGAAUCUCAAUUUCGGAACUGAAUGGCAAGCAGAGUGGAGACGUGACAAUACUGAAAUACUCCAAGACAGUCUACACAUGUUUUCAGUCCAGGAUGGAGCAUCGGUCCUCACUGUGUCACAGUUUUUUAGUACGGACAAAGGACGUUAUGAAUGCACGCUGAAAAGAAAUGACAACGUAUCCUUCCGGCAGCAACUUGAUGAUUCCAGCGAAACAUUCAUCACACCCAUAAUCCAAGUGAGCCCUGUCAGAAAAACAGUUAGAUGUGAGGAUGGAAGGACAGAGCAACUGAACUGCUCUGUCAACAGCCCCUAUGAGGUUAUGUUGCUAGGAAUGUCCAUUACAGGCAAUAAAAUCAUCCAUACGUUUAAUGUGUCUGCCUCCGACUGUGAAAAUUCGCCAAAGACGUUCAUUUGUCAAGUGAAAAACCACACAAACUUUAUGAGAGAUAUCACAUUCCGGUUUUCCAGAGACACUUUUGUUUGUAAUGAUGACGUAUUUGGUGCUGGAAAUAUUGGUGAUGAAUCUGUAGCUCCCUGCCCGGACGACAGAGUGGGGGAAAGAGAGGCAGAAUGUCUGGGAAAUGGAACAUGGAAAGAAAAAACGCCAGACAUGUGCAUCCUACGACCGGUUCAAGACUUGCUGGUGCAAUCUGAGUCCCUGAAUAACAAUUCACUGCCAGAAUUCUUGGAACAACUCAGUAAUGUCACUGUCAACCUAACUGAUGAGGUGGUUGAAUCACCUGCAAACAUUGAUGCCAUUGUUGACAUACUCAACAAUGUAGCCAACGCAUCACUCGGUAUUCCCAUAAAUAAAACUUUAAUGGAGAAUUUCCUUGAAACUGCAGGAGUCCUCACCACAAAUGAAACAAGGGAAUCAUGGAACUUUCUAAACUCCAACGCCACCAGAACUGACUUAAAACAAAGAAGUAACAGCUUAAUAGCUAGAAGCACCAGCUCAAAAUUGUUGGAGUCUCUUGAGUUUGUAACAAGAGCACUGACCAAUGACUCCUUUAACAUUGAAACACCCUCUAUUCUCUUGAACAAAACUACAUAUGUAGAUACUUUCAAUGCUGAAAUUGAAUUCUUUGAUUCUGCAGUGGAGACAGACAUACAUGAGUCUGAUGGACAAAAUAAUUCCAUCACUGUGAUGACAUUUGCCUCAAUGGAAAAUGUACUCCCUGCAAGAGAUGAAAAGAAUACAACCUUCCCACCCCCCUUCAUCAACGGGAGAGUGGUGCUUGUUUACACUGAUGGCAUUGUCAAUAAUGUUUCGUUCACAUUCGACGUUUUAAAUGAAAGUCUGAGGGAUCCUAAGUGUGUUUUCUGGAACUUCAGCCUCUUCGAUAAUCUCGGAGGUUGGGACGACGAGGGCUGCGAGUUGGUCCACAACGAAAAUGGAACCGUCACCUGCAACUGCAACCACCUGACCUCGUAUUCUAUACUCAUGUCACCAUUCACUUCAGAUAACCGAGCACUGGCUUUCAUAACCUACAUUGGAGUCAGCAUAUCUAUGGCUUCCUUGAUCAUAUGCCUCAUAAUUGAAGCUGUCAUAUGGAGAAAAAUAAGAAGGAACAACACAUCAUACUUACGUCAUGUUUCCAUUGUUAACAUCGCAGUGUCUCUCCUGGUUGCAAACAUUUGGUUUUUUAUUGGGGCGGCUUUUCCAGAACCGCUGAAGAGAGGCUACUCAGCAUGCACUGCAGCCACGUUUUUUAUCCAUUUUUUCUACCUAGCCCUGUUCUUCUGGAUGUUAGCCUCAGGUCUGCUGUUGCUCUACCGCACAGUUAGUGUCUUUGAGGGAUUGUCCAAAAACUCUAUGUUGGCAAUUGGAUUCUGUCUCGGCUAUGGGGCACCUAUUAUUAUCGCAGCAAUAACUAUUGCUGUAACUGCACCCAACAGAGAGUACAUCCGAAGAAAUGGUUGCUGGCUUAACUAUAAUGAGUCCAAGGCUCUACUGGCCUUUGUGAUCCCUGCACUAUUAAUAGUGGCAAUAAACUUUUUAAUACUGUUUGUGGUGAUCUACAAAAUGUUGAGGAGAAGGGCCCUGCAAGACACUGCACAAGCAACUGAGAGAAACGUUCUGGUGGUCAUUGCCAGGAGUUUGGCUGUCCUUACACCUCUUUUUGGUUUAACUUGGGGUCUGGGAGUUGGAACCAUGGUGACACGCAAUUUAGCAGUGCAUGGAUUAUUCGCAGUCUUCAAUUCACUGCAGGGUUUCUUCAUUUUGGUGUUUGGAACACUGUUGGACAAAAAGGUGCGGUCAGAAAUAGCAGCUAUUUCACAAAGUUCCGGAGCUGGAACAAGGACUACCAGCGCUGGAACCUCAUCAACAAGUGGUUUGGGCUUCUUCCGGAACUGGAGAAGAGGAAGAGAUGGUUACAAUAUGUCAGCUGGUACCUCUGGUGCAACUCACUCCUUCGGCAACACGUGAUGAUGACUGCAGACAGCUGGAGUCAGUCAGAAAGGCAAAGCAGCUGUUUUUCCAAGUUAUUUUUCUUUCUGUCUUCAUUGCAGCUAGAUCAAGUUAGAUGCAUAGACGUGGAGUAUAGAUAGAUGUGAGGUAUAUAGGAACAUUUAAGGGUCAGAUAGAAAUUUGGUAAAUCAAAGAUGGCAUUAUUACAGUCAGAUUUUUGAAAGUUGUAUUUUGUCAAAGUGAUGUUUACAACAUGUUAUUGACACCAACAAAUAUAUUUAUUAGUGUUACAUAAUGUAGGCUGGAUAUAUCGUAAAAUAUGAAAACAUUUGCACUUUGAUGUGUGUAUGCAGCUGGAAUAUAUAUAACAUUGGACCUCAAUGUCAUUACAUACUCACCAACAGGGAACCAAAAAUUUAACAGGGGACAUGUUUUAGGUCCCCACUUGGUCAUGUUCUAAAUCAUCAUAGAAUCAUGUGUUAAGGCCUCUGGUGAAUUUUUUUUUAAAUUUACCAAGAGGGGACCUAGUGUGAGUGUGUUUGUUAAUAUCCAUAUUCAGUGCUGUCCCUGCUGGUUGGAGCAGGUAUUUUAACGACACAUUCACACACGUUGCUUUUUACACUCCUCUCCAGGGUGAAUGGCUUACAGUCCCCAGCAGCCUUUCAGACUGCAGAUGGGCCGUUAAACAGGCAUUAGUAAUGUUAAUGUGGAUGACAUGGAGGCCACAGAAUGUAAUGUAUCAAAUAUGAUACAAAUGGCAUUAUAGGGUUAAUGAAGAAACCAGUCUCCUGAAACGUGAUUUGUUAAUAGUCUUUGAUUUAAAAGACAAAGCUUGGCUUUUGGUGAUUUCAUAAGUUUUAAACCCCAUACUGUAUUAUGGGAUAUCCAGAAGGCUGGAGGGAAAUUAGUAUAUAAACCAAGCAGAAUAAACCUUUACAUAAAAUGAUCAGCAGUAAGAUCCUUUCUUUUUAGGUUUAAUUAUGUAAAAUGAUGUAACAUCGGACUUAAACUAGACCUUUAAAGUUGUUCAGUUCCUGCUCACACUCACCUGACCAGUUUUCACAAGAACUAAAUGUCAAUCAGUUUUUCAGUAUACUUGUGUUCUUAAUUUAAUAAUUAUUCCUCAACUAUGAUUACAAGGACUGUGAUUAUUAUGAUUAUAACUAUUAUUUUAUAACAAACUAUAAAGGCUCAAUUUUAGUGGAUGGUUUAACCAUUUUAUAGCUUGACGCUGUUUUACAAUAAGGCUUUCCCAGAGAGCAAGGGGAUUUUAAAAUAAAAUAGGAGGAAUAAUUAUAAUGAUAAUAAUAAUAAAAAUAAUAAUAAACCCUCUGUUCAACUGCUGAGACAAACUAUUUCAAAGUCCAGUGGUUUUUGGCUGUACUUUUGGCUGUACUGGAUUUUUUUCCCCAUAUUCCUGCAUUAAUGUUAUGAGAAAGCAUACUUGAACUAAAGUGUCUCUUGUUUUUUCUGAUGACUACAGUCUGUGUCACAUAAAGUUAUACAUUAACUGGCAAGUAAAAAGACAAAUUUGAGGGCUGACAAAUGAUAUAGCAUUUUUGAAAUGACACAGAGAGUUGCACAAAGUGAAAGGCACACAACGAAUGCUACAUUAAGUUCACGUUGAAACUCAGCUCGGUAUUGAUGUUUAUAGGUCUGUCCAUCCCAGUGUUAUCAACUGAAGCAUUUCUUUCACACUUAUAGUCUAACUGGUAUAUUAGUGCUUUUAAUGUGCAUUGAAAUUGUGAUGAGCCACCAACAGCUCAUCUCAGAACCAUCACAACAGGAUGCAGAUCUAUAGACUUUAUAUUAUCACUUUUGUUUGGAACUUUAAAUUCUAAAAAAGAAAAGUCAGUCCACACUUUUUCCCCUCUUUUUUUUUUUUGUUGUUGUUUUGUUUUGUUUUUUACCAUUUCUCCAAUGGGUUUUAUUAAUCUUAAAUCUGCAUUAGAUGAACAAAACUGUAUAUACACAUGCCUACAUCUCAAAAAGAAAAAAAAAACAAAACAAAAACCGCAGAACUAGAAUCAAAAUAAGAUUAAUUCUAGAGGUAGAAUAAAAAAUCACCUUGUGAGAUUUGCAUCGGAUUGUCUACUGUGUACUAGAACGUCUUCUGUUGUAGGAGAGGGAACUACACAGUAUGGGGGCAUCUGGCCAAUACACAGUUAAGAAAAGCUGAGCAAAUAAACAAUAUGUGCCAAAAGAAACUGAACAAAACGUUUCACUUAAGCGUUUAGGGAAAUUAAGAAAACACAAUCCAAAUAUAAACCAACUUAAACUAAAUAAUGGUCAAAAUAUUAACGAAAAAUACAUGUAAACCAAAGUCAACUAAUGAAAUAACACAACCAAAAUAACAAAACAGUCCAGAUUACUAACAAAGAAUAAUUAACUCAAUGUACCCUAAGUUAAAUAACAAAACAAUUUUUAAUAUUCAUUUUCUUUUAAAUGGAUUGGAAAAGGAAAAUACUAUUUUUUUAAAAAAAAAAGAAGACAGAUGAGCCAACUCGGCUUGGGGAACAGGAUUGCUACACAGCAAAAGAGAGAAGUGUCACAACAAAAGUUGUACUUUUAUAGAUAUUUAAACAUUUGAACAUAUUUAUUCACCUAAUAAUUACAUUGGUUAUUUCAUUGCAUACAGUUGUGAUGUUACAUAGUUUUUUGUUUCAAGUUAACAUUUCAUUGUUCUAAUCAUAAUAAGAGGUUCAGUUUCAACUACAGGGGUAAAACAAUACUAAAUAGUUAAAUAAAUACUAAAGUAUCUACAAACAUUAUUUAGAUAGUUGAGAAGUUAAUGGUUUAUUCAUUGCAUCAAGUAAAACUAAUUUGGCUCCAUUAAAUAUUGUAUAGGUGUAUAGGUGCCCUGAUUGUCUGAUCGUCAUAUUAAACAUAUUUAGGAAACAGAAAUACAAUGUUAACAUGCAACAUUAAGCCAAAGAAAAACAUGGUGGGUUAUUGUAGUUUUGUAACAUUGGUUUUGUUGCUGGUUUGUAAUGUUGAAUUUAUGUUGUCCAUUUUUCACCUCACUCACCCUUUUCAUUUGAGCUGCAGUGAUGUAGCUCUCAAGAUUUAAAGGUUUGUUCAUACAUGAGUUUGAACUUAGACAUAAACAUUAGUAAAUGCUUUUGUAACCUAUUAAACAUUUAAUAGAGGGCAAACGUGUGUGCAUGCUUUACAAAGUGCUUAGAAACAAACCAUUUAUUCAGUGACUGUAAAGAUUUAAAACAGCAAAUGCAGCUUUAUAAUGACCUCCCAAAAAAUAUUUCAAGAUCCACUACAUGGUAUUUAUUAACAGUUUAACAAUAUAUUUGUGACAGGUUGGACAUGUGGGGACCCAAGCGCUGACACAAGACACAGCCAAGAAUUACAGUGAAUCAAUAGUGCUAUUUAUUUACAGUAAUGUUGAGCAGGGUGGGGGGAAGUGAGUGAAGACUAUGGCCUGCACCUGGCCCAGCCAAGGGAAGAACAAACCAUGCCCACACUCACACACACACACACACACAGGUUAGGGCACAGAAGGGUAUGCAGACAGGGAGAAACACACGAAGUAGGAGGGUGAGGGGGUUGCACAGCAGCCGAUCACCAAAAUAUUACACUGAAGAGGUGGAAUGAUCAGCACCCAUAUGAUUCUCAUAUAUUCUCAGACAUAAUGACCACAUAUAUCACUGAAUUAAUUGAAAGGUGAUUAUGCGUUAUGUGGCUCUUUAAAGCAGUAGGGCUUUUUGGCUCUUGGUGGCUCUGUUUGUCUGAAUAAUUAA